AUGGCGGGGCUGCAACAAAAUGCGCACGGCAAAGCUCCAGAGGCGCCAUGGGGCUUGCACCUUAUUGCCGAUACCACUAGCGAAGCCAGACAAGAGGGGGUAGCUGUGGACAUUAUCGCCGUACACGGGCUUGGCGCGAAUCCUGAUCACGCUUGGGUGCGGCAUAAAGACAUACACUAUGGACAGGAUAAAGAUGUGCGAUGGCUCACGGAUCUGCUGCCGAAGACAUUUCGUGAUUUUCAGCCUAGCAUUAGUGCUCGCAUCUUUUGUUUCAAUUAUCAGUCUGCGUGGCUGGGACCGCAGCUCAGUCGCAACCGGUUGGAAAGCGUUGCAACAAGGCUGUUAGACGAUAUGAGAAACAGGAAACUCGCUUCGUCAGAUCGACCAAUCAUCUUUAUUGGCCAUUCCUUCGGCGGGCUGGUGAUCGAACAAGCAGUUGUCUAA